ACAUAAUUUGUGUACGUGUCCUAUCGUGUCUGACUGUCUUCAAGGCGUUCUGGUUACUAAACAGGUACGCAUCCAACACUCACUGGACUCAUCUUUCCUACCCCCGUUGACCUCAGACAACCAACCUUGAUCAUGGAAGCCAUCGGUGUACUGCUAACGACCCCGGUGUAUUCUUACCUGGAAGAAGAACUGGAUAGCCGCUUCAAGCUUUUCCGCAUCUGGAACUUCCCUCAAAAGGACGAGUUCUUGAAGGAGAACUCCGAUUUCAUCCGCGCCAUCGUCGGAACCCCCAAUUCCAGUGUCAACCGAGAAGUGAUCGACUCGUUGCCGGCUCUGGAGAUCAUAUCGAGUUUCAGUGUCGGAUUAGACCAUGUCGAUUUGGCGUAUUGUAAGGAGAAAGGAGUUAGGGUUACAAAUACACCGGAUGUAUUGACGGAGGAUGUGGCUGAUACAGCGAUUGGAUUGAUAUUAGCGACGUUGAGAGGGAUCUGUGAGUGCGAUCGGUAUGUUAGGGCUGGAUUGUGGAAGAAAGGUGACUUCAAAUUGACUACUAAGUUCAGUGGCAAAAAGGUGGGAAUCAUAGGUCUAGGAAGAAUAGGGACAGCAAUUGCCAAGAGAGCUGAAGCAUUCAACUGUCCAAUAAGUUACUAUUCCAGAUCACAGAAACCAGAAACAAAUUACAUAUACUUUCCCAGUGUAGUUGAAUUGGCUUCUCAUUGUGACAUCCUUGUUGUGGCGUGUGCACUAACUGCAGAAACUCGCCACAUCAUCAACCGCCAAGUCAUCGAUGCACUGGGUCCCAAGGGGUUUCUCAUCAACAUUGGAAGGGGCCCACACAUAGACGAACAUGAACUGGUAUCCGCCCUUGUUGAAAGGCGGAUAGCAGGUGCAGGUCUUGAUGUGUUUGAGAAGGAGCCCCAUGUCCCUGAGGAGUUGUUUGGGCUUGAUAAUGUGGUUCUGUUGCCACAUGUCGCGAGUGGAACUGUUGAGACACGAAACGCGAUGGCUGAUCUUGUUGUUGGAAACUUGGAGGCUCACUUUUCCAAGAAGCCAUUGUUGACCCCUGUUGUUUGAAUAUGAUUAUGAUGAUAUUGGUAUUAAGUUACUACCAUUUAAAAAGCUGUUGUUGACACUUGUGAGCUUCUUUUAAAGUCUGCUUAUUCUUCUAGCAAAGCUUUAAAUUCCUCAAUACCAUUUUCAAAUUCAUGGGUUGUGCAAGGAAAUUGAAUAAAUAUACAAAGCAGAUUGUAGCA